AUGGGCCUGAGCAACCACACCAGCGUGAAGGAGUUUGUCUUGCUGGAACUCACUCGCUUCCAGAAACUGGAGUCUUUCCUGUUUGUGCUCUUCCUUGCUGUGUAUGUAACAACCGUGCUGGGCAAUGCCCUCAUUGUGGUGAUCACCUGUGAGUCCCGCCUCCACACUCCCAUGCACUUCCUCCUGCGGAACAAAUCAAUCCUGGACAUUGUGUUUCCAUCUGUCACCGUUCCCAAGUUCCUGGUGGAUCUCUUCUCAGAGAGGAAAACUAUCUCCUACAACGGCUGCUUGGCACAGAUCUUUUUCUUCCACUUUGCUGGUAGGGCAGAUAUUUUUUUCCUCUCUGGGAUGGCCUAUGACAGAUACCUUGCAAUCUCCAAACCCCUGCAUUAUGUGACCAUUAUGAGGAGAGGGUGGGUGGCCUUGGUAGUGGCUUCCUGGGUGGGUGGUGGUUUGCACUCCAUGGUCCAGAUCAUUCUGAGGCUUCCACUCCCUUUCUGCGGCCCCAACAUCCUGCAUGCCUUCUACUGUGAUGUGCCCCAGGUGGUUAAACUGGCCUGCACUGACACCUUUGCUCUGGAGCUCCUCAUGAUCUCUAACCAUGGGCUGGUGACCCUCCUGUGGUUCCUCCUGCUCCUGGGGUCCUACACCAUCAUUCUGGUGAUGCUGAGAUCUCACUCUGGGGAGGGCCGGAACAAAGCCCUCUCCACCUGCACCUCCCACAUCCUGGUGGUGACUCUUCAUUUUGUGCUUUGUGUUUACAUCUACUGCCGGCCCUUCACUACGCUGCACACGGACACAGCUGUGUCCAUCAGUAACACGGUCAUCACCCCUAUGCUGAACCCCAUGAUCUACACCCUAAGAAACCAAGAGAUGAAGUCAGCCAUGAAGAGACUGCAGAGGAGGCUUGGGCCAUUUGAGAGCAAUAAACUGGGAUAA